AGGACUGAGGCAUCGACGUCUUCAAGUCGGUAUUGAUGGUUCUGAGCAGCCGCGUAUUUUAAAUAUUGCACUAGAUGAUUGGGACGUAGUGGCUCAGUAUUCACCUACAAAUCCCAAGGGACCUGAUCUGCCUGUGGCUUUUGCUGUCGUUCUGGCUCCGCCUCCCAGCAGCAGAACGUGCUUGCAGGCGCAGCAGUCUGCGUGCUCCUCUCUGUCCCUCAGCCUGUGCCUGCCAGCCUAUGCCUCCAGCACCUCGCAGCCCACCAACGCCAUGUGCCUUUCGCAAACCAUGGAAGUGGGGAAGCAGGGCAAAAGCCUGGGGCCAGGCCGGAGCAAAGGAGGCGUUCUUCUGCAGCCCUUUGUUCACCAGGUGGGAGGUCACACCAGCAUGAUGCGCUAUGACGAUCACACAAUCUGCAAACCCCUCAUACAAAGAGAGCAACGCUUCUAUGAGUCCCUGCCUCCAGAAAUGAAGGAGUUCACGCCGGAGUACAAAGGAGUGGUGCUUGUUUGCUUUGAGGGCGACAGUGACGGUUAUAUCCACCUAGUUGCAUAUCCUUAUGAGGACAGUGAGGGAAUGGACCAUGAGGAAGUGCCUGAAAGGGACCAACCACGCAGGAAACACUCGCGCCGCAGUUUGCACCGAUCUAGCAGUGACCACAAAGAAGAAAGAAUGCCACAUGAUGCUGACAAUUCAGAGAGCAUUCAAGAACUAAAGAGUCCCCGUGUUGAGCAGCAAAUCCAGUCAGAUGUUCCUUUUCAGAUGCUGGAUGGAAACAGUGGGCUGAGCUCAGAGAAGAUCAGCUACAAUCCUUGGAGUCUCCGUUGUCACAAGCAGCAGCUCAGUCGAAUGCGCUCUGAAUCCAAGGACCGGAAGCUGCACAAAUUUCUGCUGCUGGAAAAUGUGGUACACAAAUUUGAGUACCCGUGCAUCUUGGAUUUAAAAAUGGGGACUCGUCAGCACGGAGAUGAUGCCUCUGAAGAGAAGGCAGCUCGACAAAUGAAGAAGUGUGAGCAGAGUACAUCAGGCACACUCGGUGUAAGGGUGUGUGGCAUGCAGGUUUACCAGAUUGACACCGGUCACUAUCUGUGCAGAAACAAAUAUUAUGGCCGCGGACUGUCUACCGAAGGAUUUAAACAUGCUCUGUACCAGUUCCUCUACAAUGGCACUCAUCUCCGCAAGGACCUCUUCAAACCUAUCCUAGGGAAGCUACUUAGCCUGAAAAAUGUACUGGAAAAGCAGGCUUCUUAUCGUUUCUACUCCAGCUCUCUUCUCGUCAUCUAUGAGGGGAAAGAUGAGACAGCCGAACCAUUGUCAAACAAAGCAACAGAUGCUGCAGACAUCAAUGCAGCCCCAGCCCCUCUCCCCGAGGAUAAUGCUCGUCUUCUUCCGAAUGUAGAUGUCCGCAUGAUAGACUUCGCUCACAGCACCUAUAAGGGUUUUCGUGAUGACCAAACGGUCCAUGAUGGACCAGACAGGGGCUAUGUGUUUGGACUGGAAAGCCUCAUUGACAUUCUUGAAUGCAUUCAAGUGGAGAACCAGUAGGUGUGCUGAUCUUAGAUGCUCUUUAACAUAAGGGAGGUAUCCAUAAGGGUAAAUAAAAGUCAAGGAGAGCACAAUGCUGCUGCUGCAGUAAUGGUGAAGAGUACCACUGACAUGCACUUACAAGCCUUUCUUUCCAGGUUUGGAAUUUGCUAUGGUUCCUAAAGUUGCAACUGACUCUCUGCGGCAGACAAGAACUCUAAACUAGGACAGCAUUGAAUUCUGUCAUCGUAUACGGCCACUGUGUGGCUAACAUGGACAGCUGCUGGCAUCACAGGGCCUGUCCCAGGAGUGACAUGGGAAAAAAAAAAAAAUUCUGUGAAUGGCCUCGCCAGAUUCUUUAGAUUCAACUUUUAAGUUUUGGAAAAAUUAUAUUAGAUUCUAUUUUCGUAUUCUCUUCCUCCAGGUCCAUGGCUGCACUUUUGUCGGGUGCAUUACCUAAGCAAGCUUUUAAGCAGGCUCUGCUAGUGUUGACUCUGAGCCAUACACAUUUAUUCUUGCCAAACGUCGGCUUUAAGGACAGACUCUGAUGUGCGAACGCUGUAAGCACAUGAUAAAAGCAGCAGCCCAAGAAAAUCACCAAAGUGUUUUGUUGUGUGUGUAUAUAUGUAUGUAUGUAUAUAUAUAUAUAUAUAUAUAUAUAUAUAUAUAUAUAUAUA